GAAAGGCGGCCUCUCCUGCGCAGCUGCCUCCGCUGCAGGACAGAACGCGGCAUGAUGUGGCCUCUGGGCACCAGCUCCAGCCACAGCCCCGCCUGGACAAGGCUGCUUCUAACAGGCACCCUGCUCGCAUUCAGUACCUGGUCUGCCUCCUUGGAGCUGCUCUCCUCUGUGUCUCUGGACCCCUUGACUGAAGGAGCCGAUGCCCACCUGCCAGUCCCUAGAAGCCUGGAUAGGGUUCUCGCCACCUCUUGGUUCCGAGGGCAUGAAGUCCGGCCAGAAGCCAUGAUCUUCUCUCCCGAGGGCCUCCCAGGACCUGGCCACACUGGCCGGGAGACGCUGGACACCCAGGGCAGCCUGAUCAUCAGAAACGUGACGACUCUAGAUGCGGGCAGUUACACGGUGGUACUGGAAACCAGCAGGGGACGCAGGAGUGCGACGGAGCAGAUACCGAUCAAGGCCACCUACGAUGGGGUGCAGCUGGUGACAUUCCCAGGAAAUAGACAAGGCAUCCUCCGGAGUGAACUCAACUACUCUGUGAUCCUGCAGUGGGCGGCUUUAAUCACACCUGAACCUGUGCUACGGUGGACCUUCAAUGGGAGACCUCGUGGAACUGGGGAAAGGCUGAUCAUCCACAGGUUGUCCAUGAAGGAUCUGGGCACCUACUUAUGCUUGGCUGAGAAUAGUGAGAGGGUGUACCUCUCCCAGCCUGUGACUAUCAUGCUGCCACAAGCUGACGUGGAACCCACAGAACCUGCACCCAUCUCUCAGAAGCCCCCGCUCUCCCUGUCAGGAGGAUCUGCCAUUGCUCUCAUCGUGGCUGCAUCUGUGGCAGGCUUCGUACUGGUUGGAAGCGUGCUCUUCACCUUCAUCCAGAAGCUAAGGUACCUGCCUUCCCUUCCUCCCAUCCACUCAGCCUCCACAAGGCACAGAGCUCUCUCUGCAGCAAGACUGAAGCCAAGCCAACAGCCUUAUCCCAGGGAGCAUAAAGUUCAUUCAGAGAGGAUGACAUGGACCCCCGAUGUGCCCCACCCUACUAGUCAGUUUCCAAAGUAGCCCCAGGGAAACAAAGAAACAGGAGAGGGUCCUGGAGCUGCGUCCAAAUCCCCCUUCUGUCACUUACCCAAAGUGAGGCCAUGGCAAGUCGCCACCCUGCUCUGGGCCUCAGUUUCAGUUCAGUUCAGUUCAGUUGCUCAGUCGUGUCCAACUCUU